UUUACUACUACUCGAGCCAUCCUAUAAGCGCAGUAAGUAGUUAUUAUACCUCGACUCAUCGACGGACAGCCGCAUCAAGUACCCAGUCAAGAGUCAUUCUCUGCAACGCCUGCGAUAAUAUGCAGUAGCAGUGUCUAACACCGGUUGGAGCCUAGCCUCCGAAAAGCUCUUGGAUGUGUGCUCACGUACCAGCACAGACUCGGAGUCACUGCGGAUCACGUAAAGAAUGCUAUUCCUUAUCGCUUGGCUUGAGAAAUUUUUCAUUCCGUUCGACUCCCGUUCUCAACUUGAAUUUCAACACUGACAGCCUUUGGCCCGGGGCAUCGUCGUCGGAGAGUUUUGAACUUUCUAAAUAUUGUGGUUUACCAUGCAUCAGUCUCUGCUCAUUGACGAGAUUCUUUCUCAUAUCAUUCAGUUCGUCGCUGCCGAUGGUCAGCGGGACCUGAAGCGCUUGGAAAAUACAAGCGGCCUUGCUAGGCUAGCUCGUACAUGCCGUUGCUUUAUGGAAUGUGCUCUUGACACCCUCUGGCGAACUCAACAUUCGUUAAGUCCUCUCAUCAUGUGCUUGCCAAGAGGCACUUGGGAUAUUCACUCUGGCAAUAUACUUUAUCUCACGAGACCACCUGCUGAAUCUGAGUGGGCAAGAUUUGACAUGUAUUCACGUCGUGUGAAGAGUUUUUCAUACCCAAAACAAACGAAAAUGAUCAGACUACACGAGGACGCGCUCCCACUCCUUUUUGCUGAACGCCCUCCGCAGUCUCUGUUCCCGUCACUUUCCUCGCUCGACUUCUCCAUCCUGUCGUGUAGUUCCUCCAACUUCACCUUAAUCCGGGACUUUCUCUCCCCAAAAAUGACAAACCUCGCCUUUACCCUCCCUCGAAAGAUGUGUCUUCAGGGCAUUUGCGGGGUAUUAGAAGAUCUUCCUCGGAAGGCUACUCGCCUCGAAAACCUCACAAUUUCAUCGUUCUUUCCAGUGACGCCAUUUGAAUUGAACAUUUCGUCCCAUGGACUACCAGACUUACGUCGGUUGGUCGUCUCCAGCUCUAUUCGUAUAUCUGCACAGAGUGUGCUGAAUAUCGCAUCACUUCGUCAUGUUCAGGAGCUCUCCUUGAAUCUUCACCCUAAUUUCGACGUCGACAUACUACGCGAUAGGGCAAAUAAUAGUACCUUCCCCGCUCUCCAGCGUCUCAUUCUCACGGCAUACGACCUUCCCCAGUGUACAUCUAUUGUAUCGCUUAUAUCCUCACCACAGCUAGAAGAUGUUUCCGUCUCCUACGACGUCCAAGCACAAUCUUCCGUCAUCACUUCAUUCUUGAGUGCCAUCGGCACGUCUAUUCGUUCAAUUUCUCUCCGACACAAUAUGCGAACUAACACAAUUGCCGACACUCCUUUUGUUUUCUACCCAUCCAUAUUUGCACCGCUAUUCGCUUGCCGCAAUCUCCGCACCAUCCAAGUAUACAAUCUUGGUACGCUCAAUUUAGAUGAUGAGUUCAUCAUUGCAGCGGCUAAAGCCUGGAACAAACUCGAGGACAUUCGACUCUGCAGCUUACCUUGGUCCUACAUAAUUCCCAGCCUCACCCGCGUGCACCUGUCCUUGGAUGCAAGGGAAAUCCCUGAAGUACCGAUCGGCGGUCUCAGUACGGUUGGUGCUCAGUUCCUGGAGGUGCUCAAUAUCCGGGAUUCGGUUAUUGAGCACACUGAACUUGUCGCGCAAUUUUUGCGGGCGACCAUACCGAAUAUGAAGACUUUUGGUGCACAUGCAGAAUGGGUCAUAGUCUUGGAGGUUCACUCCAGCGCGUUGUAG